AUCAGGGUACUUGGAUCCCUAUUGAGUCACAUUCUGGAAAAUUUCCUUCACCGUUGCUCUUGCCGCACUUUGUUUGUAUAUUUGCUUUGAAGAUUCAUCAUCAUGACAAGAUAUCUGAUCAUCCAGUGUUGUGAGGUUCCCAUACUCACUUGCUCCUUUUGGCAGAUCAAAUAAAUGUUGCCUUGAAAUAUGUAGAUCUAACUCUGAAAUCUGGCUAUAUGUUGUUGAUGGAAGUAUUCUCUGAAUGUAUACAAAGUUGUGUUAAGAAAGGCAAGUUGGACACAUUGGUGUUGAUAAUUGAGAGGUGCAAGGCAAUGGAUCAAAAUAUAGCUCUUUGUCCACCGUGGAGUGUAUGCAACUAUAUUGUUGAAAUUGCGAUGCAAGAUGACAAUAGCAAAUUAGCAUUUUAUGCAUUGGAAUUUAUGGUGAAAUGGAUUGCUAGAGGCGAGAUGGCAAGGCCUCCUGUUCAUCUUUCCAUGGAUGAAGGGCUGGUUUUAUCGGCACUUGGAAUUGCUAGAAGAACAUGUAGUUCUACUCUCCUAGAUGCUUCUUGGGCAAUCGUGCGACGGUCUUUACGGCAAAAGAAUACACCUAGUCCAGCUUCGUACAUAUGCUCUUCCCUGGCUGGGCAAUUUACAGAGGGCCUUUAGUACGUUGCAUGAGGUUGAGACUGCCUAUGGAAAUCUUUAGGAGCAAGCUGAAGAUCUUUUCUCU